AAAGGGAAGACCUGACGGACGGGCUUCGCAGGGAGCUGUGGUCACACACACUCUUCCUUACACACUCCCACACACCUUGGAGAGAGAGUUUGCUUCCACCGACUGGCCGAGGUCCCAGAGUAGACUUGAGGGAAAGUUUGAGGCAUUACAGCAAACCUAGAGAGUAGUCCUUAGUGGUAGUAGGUAAUGCAGGUGACUUGAAGAUUGGUUAGAAGCAGCCAAGAAGAAUUGUUGCCUGCAAGUUAGAGUCGUUGCACUGUGAUCGUUGGGUGUCUAUACUGUCAUUCAAGUCUUUUUUUAGUGCUUUAUUUUUACCCUAGGACUGCGCUCUUGCACACGUGUGCAUGCUUCUGCCCUCUGUUUGCAAGUAAGCUUGUGUGUGUUUCAUCGGAGUCUACUUGAAACCGAGCCAUGGCCGACACAGACUUCAAACUGGAGCGUGCCAUCUUUGCCGAAGUCUCUGAUGACGAUGAGGAGGUCGCCUUGGUGCCUGCUGCCACCAAACCUGCCACCGCCUCCAAGGUGUUCAAAUCAAAACGAGGCGACGACGAUGACGACGACGACUUGGCGGAAGAGGUGGACCUGGUGUUGGGGCCAGGACUCGAUGGAGGUGGCAACGGUGAGGCCCAGAAGUCUGAGGCCCAGGCUACAGGCGUGAUGGUCCUGGCUCUCCUAGACAAGAUCAUAGGUGUAGUGGACCAGAUCCAGCAGACUCAGACAGGUCUGGAGGCCAAGCAGGAGACCAUGGAGAAGAACAUGAGCAGCAUCCAGACUGAGCUGGCCAAGCUGGCCAAGAGUCACGUUGGGACAGCCGGGACAGUCAAUAAGCUUCUGGACAAGGUGCGGAAGGUGAACGUCAACGUGAAGAGCGUGCGCACGGACCUGGAGAAGCAAGCGGGACAGAUCAAAAAACUGGAGAACAAUGAACAUGAGCUCCUCAAGAGGAAGAACUUCAAAGUGCUUAUCUUCCAGGACAAGGUGAAACCCGUGAAGGUCUCUAAGAAGCCAGUGGCUGCAGGAGAGGAAGGAGAGCAUGUGCUGAGUGAAGGAGGAGAGGAAGAACAUGGCUCUGAGGAGGAAGUUGAGGUUGAGGAGAUCAUAGAGGAGUCUCGUGCUGAGCGCAUCAAACGCAGCGGACUGCAGAAGGUUGACAAGCUGAAGAUGGCCUUCAGCAAGGAGCAGAUGGAGAAGACCAGACAGAAAACCAAGGAGAACCUGGAGAAAACCCGGCUGAGAACUAAAGAGAACCUGGAGAAGACACGUCAGAGAACCCGAGAGAACCUUGAGAAGACCAAGAAGACCCUGGGCAAGAAGAUGGGUAAGCUAGGAACAAAGAUGACACCUAAAACCGAACGCCGUGAGAAGAUCCGCAGCUCCAGAGAGAAGAUGAAGAAGUCACUGAAUCCUGACCACCCCAUCUACGCCCGCUCCAAAUCAACCACCUACCGCGUACCGCCCUUCACCUUCCACGUCAAGAAGGUCCGUGAGGGUGAGAUCGAACCCACACCAGAACCAGAGGAAGAGGAGGAGGAGGAGCAGAAUGAGGAGGUCCAGGAGGGUCUUGCAGUGCAGGAAGGAGGCCUAGUGUCAAGGGUGGAGGAAGGUGAACUGGUCAGUCUUGACAGCCGGGAGAUGGAGGCCUUACUAGAAGCAGCUGAUCAAUCACGGCUGGCGUUCCAGGAGACGGUGAGGCCAAGGGAGAAGGCCGGCCAGUAAGUCCAACAUGCUGAGCCCUGGGAGGUCUGGAGAUAAAUAAGGCUAAAACGAUGUAGGGAACUGAGAUGUGCUUGAGGACGGAUUAAAGAGCGGAUUAAAGGAGUCGACUGGACCUUUGGCUGAACAUUUAGUUUGUUUGUUUGAUUUGUUUCUUAUUAUCUUCUCAACCCCAAGGUUGCUUUUUUUUGUUUUGUUCAGCUGUCAAUUUUUAAAUCAACUAAUGGUCAAUUUUGUGUCUAGAACUGAAUAAUACUCAAAAAAGAUCAAAUAAUUUUUAAUGUGAUUACCAACACUUAAUCUUUAAAAAAAAAAAAAAAAAAAAAAUUUGUUAUAGUAUUGGUGGAUGUGAGGAGGUUUCAUAAACACUCUCAUGGCUUUUAGUUCCUAUUAGACAUUUAAUAUUAACUCGUUGAUUGUAAUCAAGGUUACCUGGUUGCAGCCAGAUAUUGCCAAUAUAUUAAAAUGCCUGUAUUUAAUGAACACCUUGUGUUUUUUGCAUCAUGUGAUGUGAUGGCUGCUAAUUUCAACAGUAAAAAUUAAUUGCAGGCCAUAUGCAUUUUGUAGAAGAUCUGGGCUGUGUUUUAAUGCCACGAAUGAACUGCUGGAAGCUGUUGAAAGUGAAAACUUUAAGGUGCUAGAGAGUAUGUUGUCUGACAGAAAUAUUGUUGUAAGGAAAAAAGAAUUGUGAAAUAUUCUAAUUGAAGUAAAAAUGCAAAAAAAAAAAGGAAAGAAAGAAAGAAUUAUAAAUAACUUCUGCUGACUGAACUUUUUUCUUUUGAAACUGAAGGUUUUAAUAAUAACGUGAUUAUGGCGAGUUGUUUUGAGGUCUAAUCACUGGUUUGAAUCUAAUCCAAGCUCCAAAGGUUUUAAAUGCUUCACUCUCUGACUCAGACUUUAUGUAAAAUAAUUGCUUCAAUUGACCUCUACAGAUGAUGUAAUCUGAUCUUUGAUCUAUGUAUGUAAACAAGAAGCUCUUAAAAACCUAUAAAAUCAAGCUGAAUAUCAGUCUCUGAAAAGUUUACUUUUCAGAAUUCAUUUUCAUUCUGAGGUAAAUUCAUUUGACUGUUUACCUUGUUUGUACAUAUACGCUUUAACAUGCUCAAAGUAAAACAUCUUUCAUACACACACACACACACACACACACAGACAGACAUACACAAGGUAUUAGGUAUAAGUAUUAGGUGAACAGGGACCUACUCAAUGGAAAAGUAGUGCUGAUAUAAUAGUCACUGUGUAGUCCAGCUCACUGAAAUAAAGGGAAACACAUCAUUCAACCCUGUCUGAGUAUAUUCAGCUCAAUUACUGAUCUUUCCUUGUAUUUUAAGUGCGUUCAUGUUAAACAAUUGGCCCACAUUAUUGCAUAUAGCUUGAAUAGACUAAUUUUUACAAACUACACUCACACUGAAAACACAUUUUGUAUCACUAUUUAUGAUCUGUUGUUAUGAACUAUGCAGUUACUGCAGGCACACAUGGGCAAUAGUUUUCUAGGUGUGAAGGUCUGAAUGAAGCUGCUUAUGGCUCUGCUGUUGUCCUUGUGAGAUUUGUGACUGUAUAAAUGGAUUUUAGGUGUAGGUUGCUUUUAAUAAACAAAUAAAAGUGUCCACUUUUGUGCUGUGAGACCUGAGGCUUGAUUUUUUUGUGAAUAAAUCAAAAUGCUAU